AUGGUGGUACGAGCUGAUCCCUCCUGCCCUCUCGAGUUCUCAGCGACACUCGCUUCUUCACCUUGCAACCCUCCCUCUCCCGCGCUGCACUCACCUGGUCUCUUCUCGCGCAACCUCGUCCUCGAAAGGCAGAGGGCGGCUGCUCGCCCACCUGUUCGCCUCCGCUCUCACCUCCGUGUUCUGUUACCCUGCACUCGCCGUAGAACCCGCGUCUACGCUACCAUACCCUCCCUGGACGUCAACAUGAGAAGCCGAUCGACCACCCCGUCGUCCUCGGACGUCUCGGCGGACUUCUCCGUGGUCUCGCCACCCACCGACCCCGUCAAUCCCCUCGCUACAGCCAUGGAGCAGGUCAACCUUGACAACUCGCCUCCUUCGGCGUCUGAUGAGGACAGCUUCGAGAUUGUCGUCAUGCCUGUGUCGCCUGCGUCUGAGCAAUCGGAAAGCUCUCUCUUUUCUGUGCUGUCCAUCCCGACCUCUGUAGACUCGGACCGCGGACGCGACUCCAGUUCAGACUCGGCAUCAGACGACUUAUUGUCCGACUCUGCGUCAGGCAGAUCCCAAGGAUCGGCGCCCGUAUCCUCUGAACGCCCCGCAGCAGAGGAUGCGCCCCCAAAGGAGUCCACUCACCUUCACACAACUCGCAGCAUUCCCGCAUCCCCAUCGGUUGACGUUGCAUCUCUCCCCACGCCGCCAUCUUUGCUACAACCUCCCAAGAGCUAUCAAGUAGGUUCAACAGCUCCAUACUCGACAGCCAUGACCUUGUCAGGCCGUGGCGCCGACACCGCAGCCGACCCGAUGUCCGGCUUGACGAUGAACCAGAGGAAGAGUCGCAGAAAGGCGGCUGCGAAAGCGGCAGCGCAUCUAGUACUGCUAGGGAAACAACCCCCGGAUGAAGCUACAGCUGGCUUCACCGACGCGCAGAGAGUACAGUUUAAUCGUAUUCUUCAAGAGGUGACGACAGCCGCAAAUGACUGGGCACUCAAGCUCUGCAGCAUUAUCAGUCCUGCUGAACAGUCGACUCUGAGCAAGAAGAAGCUGAAGGCUCGUCGCAAAGCUGCAGUUGAUGCCGCUGUCAAGGCUGUGCAAGCAGGCCAGCGAACAUCGGUCCACGCUACCAUCGGCUUCACCGAGGCUCAGAACCGCGCCUUUGACCAGGCGGUCAGCAAACAGCAGGGCAAGAACCGCAGGCAGGCAGAAGUGCAAGCCGCCGUCAAGGCCGUCACAGCGGGGUGGCAGACCCAGAAUGAGGCGACCUGCCGACUCACUGCUGACCAAAAAACAAACUUCAAGCAGGCUCUCGAGGCGCAAGCCAAGCACAACCGGGCUGUUGUUGACCCUUCCCUGUUGUCCAAGCAGCAGAGGAGGAGGCGUAGGGAUGCGGCCGUGAAAGCUGCUACGAGAGCGGUCCUGGUUGGCGAGAUGAAUCCAGAAGAGGCAGCUAUUGGGUUCAACCAUUUCCAAAUGCUCCAGCUUCGAGACCACCUCCUUCAGGCUACGAAACCAGCGAGCACCUGGAGUAGCAUUAUGGCACGCGGUGGCACGCUCUCGGUGAAUCAGUGUACGAAGCUCACUCACGCCCGCCGUCGUAAUGCCGAUCCCACGGGUAGUGACGAUGACCGUACGGAGAGCGAAAGCGGUUAUUCGACCGAUACUUCGUCGACCAUGAGCUCGCAGGAUGCUGCCAGCGCAAUCUAUGCUGACACCGAUAGCUUCACUAGCCAGCAGGAGAACAAGCUGCGGCUGUGGCAAGCUCUUUGCAUUGAGUUUGGACUCGUUGAGGCUGGAGACCUGGCGGACCUGCCGUCCCAGCGCACACACCGCUCGUCCGCGCCCUCUCCACCCUCCCAGCGUCCACCGCCUUCAACGUUCUCAGACUCCGACGAGUCAACCACUCCUUCGCGCUCGGUCACACCGACGCAAGCGAACCCGUUCCCGACCAGCCUGACACAGGCCAAGAAUCUCCUCAGCACCGCCCACGUUAACCUGAGCACAUACAUGGCACUGCGCAAGAGCAACCCCAACCCCGAGCCCGGCGAGUAUGCGGACUUGCUCGAGCCCUCAGCUUCAGCGUUGCGCAAGCUGCUCCGCGAGUCGCGCCAGUUUGCCAAGCUGAGCGAUGUCAAAGCUGAGUGGCUGAACCCGCUCCUGAAGGACUUUGGCUUCGCCCGCAGUCGCGCUCGUUCCGCGUAA